UUCAUGCACUGUCUUGUUUUUCAGGUAUUCUUUGAAGUCUCAUUCUCCCUGAUCUCCUCUCUAAGACCAAUUAAUUUCUAGAGAAGAAAAAUUUGCAGAGAAUAAACUCUCCAGAUUUUUGCUCCUCCUAUCGGAUGGCAGUUUCUUCAUCUAAUUGUCAUCCAACAGAGAGAUGUUCUCUCUCUAGGCUCGCUCCUCUUGAAGCGGUAUUGUUUGACAUUGAUGGAACGCUAUGUGAUUCAGAUCCUCUCCAUUACUUGGCUUUCCGUGAAAUGCUUCUGGAGAUUGGUUACAAUGGUGGAAUCCCCAUCGAUGAGGAAUUUUUUGUUAAGAAUAUUGCUGGCAAGCAUAACCCAGAUAUCUGUCGUGCAAUCUUGCCUGAUUGGGCUAUGGAGAAGGCCCUCAAAUUCAUUGAUGAUAAAGAAGCAAUGUUUCGUAGAUUGGCAACAGAACAAGUGAAGCCUAUAGAUGGCCUACACAAGUUGUGCAAAUGGAUUAAAGAUCAUGGCUUGAAACGGGCUGCUGUUACUAAUGCACCUAGAGAAAAUGCGGAGCUUAUGAUCUCAAUUCUGGGCCUGUCUGAUUUCUUUGACGUGGUCAUAAUUGGGAGUGAAUGCGAGCGUGCAAAACCAUUUCCUGAACCCUACCUGAAGGGUCUAGAAGCACUGAAGGCUUCUCCAAACCGUUCUUUUGUAUUUGAGGAUUCUGCGUCAGGAAUAAAAGCUGGAGUGGCAGCAGGGAUGCCAGUUGUGGGUUUACCUACCAGAAAUCCUGAGCAUGUAUUGAAUGAAGCAGGGGCUGCCUUUCUUAUUAAAGAUUAUCAUGACCCAAAAUUGUGGUCAGUGUUGGAAGAACUUGACAGUGAAGCAGUUGGAACAACAGCUUGAAAUGGUAAUUGUCAGUGUGAAACUAUUAGCAGAUUGUAGCAAAUUCAUAGUUUUAUAUGGAUAACUGAGAUGGGUCAUCUUUUAGUAACAUUUAACUUCAGCUUGUCUGAAUAUAUCAAGUAAUAGACUUACACGGUAAAAUUUGAAAUCAAUAAUUUUUUUUUCAGAUUACCAAAUUGGUUGCUUUGGCAGUUUGUUUUAUUUUUUUUAAUAAUAGAUUUUUUUUACAGUGCAAUUGUUGACUGUUGCUUCUAUUUCAAAACAUUCAAUGAGUACCCUCUGUUACUAGAGAAAUUCAUGAGGAAUCAAUUGAUUUUAUAGUGCAUAACUAAUAACCUCCAACGUCUCAUAAAAUAAAAUAAAAAUAAAACUUCAAUGUCUAACUAAUUGAUAACUAUUUUUAGAUGUGCACGAUAUUAGUUUUUAAGACAUGCUUGUCUUCACAUAGAUGUAUACAUAUACCAAGUGUUAUGGAUGCACCAUAUCAUACAUCCUUAAUAAUGAAAUGAGGCUUUUAUUAACCCUUUAACAUAAUGAACCCCAAAAUGUGUAAUAACCUAAGGGCUAAGUUAGUCAAUAAAGUCAAAUUUACAUAGACUGGGGAAAAAUAAAAUUGAAUGCAAUAGACCGGAAGACAUUCUUUGAUAUCUUUCAUGUAGGUUGCUAACCUUGGCUCUUUAACUGGUAGCUAGUGCUUGUGAAUAAGGACUCACCCAACUAUAUUUCCUGAACUUCAGCAGGGAGGAUGUUCUGUCACAUUAGACAUUCAAAAUUAGCGAGCCACAAUUGCAAUGAGUAAAUUAUAACCAUU